AUGACAACAAGUGACUAUUCGACACGAACAGCAGUUUUGCUCGAUACGGUGCAUGAGCAUGAUCAUGAACAUGACCAUGAUAUGCAUCAUGAAAUGGAUCUUAACAGUUAUGUUCGACCAAUGAAUGAAGCCAAUACUACAGGUGGUAUUGAUCAAACGAAUUUGGAUCGAUCUAUUUUAUCAAAUAAACCAAAUUCAGAUACAUUAUCAAAACGAAAUCGUAUACCACCCGUAUUUUUACCACGUACUAAUGCAAAUGAUAAAAAAACGAGUACAAUAUCAGCUAAUUCAGUUGUUAUACUUUCAAAUCCAACAAAUAAUACAACUGGUCCAGGUGGUGGAACAAAUGGUCGAGAAGAUAUUUGUGAACAUUCAAAUAUUGUUGCUGCACUUUCUCAACAUGCAAGUGCUGCUAUGCCUGUUGCUUCAUUAGCAUUAUUACCACCACCACAAAAAAUACAAUCAACAAAUAUAAAUUCAACAACAUUAACAGCAAAACAACUUUUUGGUCGUGUUCGUUCUCGUUCUAAAUCUGAUCCACAAUCUGUACCUGAUAAAUCACUUUUUUCAAAAUUUUUUCCGAAAAAAACUAAAAAACCUUUACCUACAUUAUUAACAACAACAACAAGAGCAAUUGAAAAUCAGACAAACAUAAAUAGUAAUAAAAAACGACAAAAUAUAAAUCAUAAUAAUUUAUUAACAACAAAUUAUCAAAGAUCGAAUAAUUAUGAAGAUGACGAUGAUGAACUAGAUGAACGUACUGCAUCUGCUGGUUCAUUGUCAGAUAAUGAUCGUCAGAAUAAUAAACAUGAUAGAAUAAGUAGUAAUCGAAGUUCAAAUACAGUACGAGGUGGAAGUAGAACAAGUAGUGGAAGUGGAAAAUAUAUUAGUGCUGGACCCAAUGCUCUUUCAUUACCGACAUCGGAUUCACAAUAUUAUGCCUCGAUGUCAUCGGCACCAACUGGUUUUUCAAUUUCAUAUCAUAAACGUAUGUCGAAAGGCAAUGAUGAGCUACGACUACAAACAACACUUAGUCGACUUCAACAGCAAAGUAAACAAGGAACGACGACUAGUGGAGGAGCAAGCCAAUUACUGUCACUCUUUCAAGAUCCAAAACGAAGUGGUGCUCAAAGUCCAAAUAAUUUAACUGGUUCAGCUCGUGUUGGUAAAACACUUUCUGGUCAAACGAUAAUAACUAAAAAUAGUUCAUCAGAUCAACCGUCAAUAUAUUGUAUACGUCCAACAUCAACUUCACCAACUCAAGAUGUUGAUGAUACAUUUAUAAGUGAUGAUGAAAUUUAUACACAAUUUAUGAGAACUCAUACAUGUUAUGAUAUAAUGCCAAAAAGUUCUAAACUUGUUGUAUUUGAUACACAAUUAGCCGUAAAAAAAGCAUUUUAUGCACUUGUUCAUAAUGGUGUAAGAGCUGCUCCUAUAUGGGAUACAAAACGACAAAGAUUUAUUGCUAUGUUAACAAUAACAGAUUUUAUUCUUAUAUUACAAAAAUAUUAUAAAGAACCGAAUGCUAAAAUUGAAGAACUUGAAGAACAUAGAAUUGAAACAUGGAGAGAAGUUUUACGUGAAUAUGAAAAACCAUUAUUAUCUAUUAAACCAAAUGAUAGUUUAUUUGAAGCAGUUCGUACUUUAGUAGAAAAUCAUGUACAUCGUUUACCUAUUGUUGAUCCAAUAUCACAUAACGUUAUAUUUAUUUUAACACAUAA